UGUAAAUGUAUAGUUUAACACAUUUUCUGUACCAGCACCGUGUAAUGAAACAUGCUGUUAAAUCUCGGCGAGAACACGAUAGGAAAGGCAAUUUUAUCUGUUAUCGUUCAUUAUGCCUGUUCGUUUCUCUGUCCUCGCCAUGGCGCCGUGUCCCUGCUCUCUCAGUUACUGAAAGUGGCCGCCUCUCUUCUACUGCCGACCCUACGCUCUCAGAAUCACUCUGUACCCACAACCGCCAUUUUGGAGGCAGAGAGCGCAGAGUUGGCAGCAGCAGAGAUCGAACGAAAAAGGGGACACGGGGCCCAAGUAAGUGACUGUGCCCUAUAUGGACCGUUGUGCAUCUCUAUGGCCUCUCAGCAAGAUGAGACAGACCCCACAGCCUGCCCAAAGCUGGCCAAGCCAGUUCACAUGCAGUACCUGGAGCGGUCACUGAGACUGGAUUCCUUCUUGCAGCAAACAGCCAGUACGUUUAAUGGAGACAUUUCCAGUGAGGACAGUGAUGACUCUUUGGCGGAGGGGCCCUCUCUUUUGGCCUCAAACCCACACGCUCCUCUGCAGGCAAUCAAAGAAAAGCCUGCAGACCUCACAGAGAGUGGGAGAAGGACCAGGCUGACAGAAAGCAGCCCGAUGAAUGGAGCUGUGCUGUUAGAGCAAAACAAAGGCAGUUUGUACAAUUUUUCCAAGCUGAAGAAGAGCAGAAAGUGGUUGAAGGGCAUUCUCUUAGGUGACGAAUCCGAUUCAGAGUCUGACUUGAGUGAUUCAGACUUCUCUUUGUCCCAUGAAGAGCUACAAGACAUGCUGCGGCUCCACAAACUCACCAAACUCCAUCAGAGCAGGUUUCAUUCAGACCGUGAGCUGCAGCAGUAUCAGUAUUACAGUACAGGUCUUCUCUCCUCCCAUGACCCCUUCUAUGAACAACAGCGACAACUAUAUGGGCCAAAGAAGAAGAAGUUCAAGGAGGAAAAGAAAUCAAAACUGAAAAAGGUAAAGAAGAAGAAGAAAAGGGGUGAUGACUUCUGUGCAGAAGGACGGCCAUAUGUCACCAAAAUCUUUGCCAAGUUUACUCAUGAUAUUCCUCUUCCCUUGUCCAAGAAGAAGCACUUAACCAUUGAGCAACUAAAUGCAAGGAGACGAAAAGUCUGGCUUACCAUUGCAAAAAAAGAGAAUCCAAAGGCAUUUAAACAGAAAGCAUCAGCGAAAAACUUUGUUCUGUCUAAUGCCAAAAAGUUGGCACACCAGUGCAUGCGUGAGGUACGUCGCGCUGCUAUCCAGGCCCAAAAGAACUGCAAAGAGACUCUGCCACGUGCCCGCCGGCUCACCAAGGAGAUGUUGCUCUACUGGAAGAAAUAUGAGAAGGUUGAGAAGGAGCACCGUAAGCGUGCCGAGAAAGAAGCUCUUGAACAGCGCAGGUUGGAUGAGGAGAUGAAAGAGGCAAAGAGACAGCAGAGAAAGCUGAACUUCCUCAUCACACAGACGGAGCUAUAUGCUCACUUUAUUGGUAGCAAACAGAACCUGGCAGGAGGGCACAGCACCCAGGAUGAGAUCCUGAAGAAACUAGAGGACAAGACUUCCCAGAGGCAGAUUGAUAUUGGUGGAGGGGUCAUCGUGAACAUGGGCCAGGAGGAUUAUGACUGUGAAUACUACAAGGCACAGGCUCUGAGAAAUGCCAAAGAGGCCUAUCAGAUCCACCAGACCAGGACCAGAUUAUUUGAUGAGGAGGCAAAGGACAGUCGAUGUGCUUCUCUCCAUGUGGCCAGCGUAUCUGGGUCAGGAUUUGGAGAAAGCUAUAGCUUGGCCAACCCAUCGAUUCGUGCAGAGGAAGACAUUCCACAGCCCACUAUUUUCAAUGGAAAGCUGAAGGGCUAUCAGCUGAAAGGCAUGAACUGGCUAGCUAACCUCUAUGAGCAGGGCAUCAAUGGCAUUCUUGCAGACGAGAUGGGUCUAGGCAAAACAGUCCAGAGCAUUGCUCUGCUGGCUCACCUUGCAGAGCGUGACAACAUUUGGGGACCAUUCCUCAUCAUUUCACCUGCUUCAACUCUUAACAAUUGGCACCAGGAAUUCUCUCGUUUUGUGCCUAAAUUCAAGGUUUUGCCAUACUGGGGUAAUCCCCAUGACCGAAAAGUCAUUAGGAAGUUCUGGAGCCAGAAAACUCUGUACACCCAGGACGCCCCCUUCCACGUUGUCAUUACAAGCUACCAACUUGUGGUACAAGAUGUGAAGUAUUUCCAGCGAGUGAAGUGGCAGUACAUGGUUCUGGAUGAGGCCCAGGCCUUAAAGAGCAGCACCAGUGUAAGAUGGAAGAUACUUUUACAGUUCCAGUGCAGAAAUAGACUUUUACUCACAGGAACUCCCAUUCAGAACACAAUGGCUGAGCUCUGGGCCCUUCUUCAUUUCAUCAUGCCCACUUUGUUUGACUCACAUGAGGAAUUCAAUGAGUGGUUCUCAAAAGACAUCGAAAGCCACGCAGAGAAUAAGUCUGCCAUCGAUGAGAACCAGCUCUCCAGACUUCACAUGAUUCUCAAACCAUUCAUGCUUCGACGAAUCAAGAAGGAUGUGGAAAAUGAGUUGUCGGAUAAGAUUGAGAUCCUGACAUAUUGCCAGCUAACCAGUAGACAGCGUCUCCUGUACCAAGCUCUCAAGAAUAAGAUCUCCAUAGAAGACCUGCUGCAGUCAUCUAUGGGAUCCUCUCAGCAGGCUCACAACACUACUAGCAGCCUCAUGAAUCUUGUCAUGCAGUUCAGGAAGGUGUGUAAUCAUCCAGACCUGUUUGAGAGGCAAGAGACACGCUCACCUUUUCACAUGACUCUCAAACCUUUCCGAAUUUCUAAGUUCAUGUACCGACAAGGCCUUCUACAGACAACAAACCAGAACAGGAUUAAGUUGCUUCAGGUUUUGCUUUCUCCAUUCUCUCCACAUUACAUUCAGCAGUCCCUGUUUCACAGAAAUAGUGACGAUGAGCGAAGUUGCUUUUCGUUCCUGCGUUUCAUCGAUGUCUCCCCAUCUGAGAUGUCCAGCAUCAUGCUGCAGGGCAGUCUAAUUCGAUGGUUAGCGAUAGCUCUGUCGCUGAAAUACUCCUACCGGCUCUACAUGCGACGACUGUGGGCCAUGGAGAACCAGGAUCAGAAUGAGAAGCUUAACACAAAAGAUAUGAUACUGUGGCUCAACACACCAACCUCUUUCCCAAGCACACAUUAUAGUCCUGUCCUUCAGGAUUUGGUGUUCACCAGGCAUCAGCAAGGGUUGUUGACACCUGUGGAUGUACCUGGCCUUAGGGAACUUUCUUCAACUCCUGCUCUAAGUCCAUGCCAGCCGUAUGAAUUACCUAAAUUUCUCCUUGCUGUUGUGCCAAGGGUGACAGCGCCUCCAAUGGAGCGCUACUGUGAUGACCGCAGUGCUGAGUAUGAAGGGCGUCUAAUGCGGGCUGGAAGUUGUCAAACUGCUAAGCAAUGCAUUCUGUAUGGAUCACCAGAGCUAGCCUCUUCCUGGGCUUCUCGAUCCCAGGUCUUCCAUACAGAAUAUCUUGGUGGAGUGAUGGCACAAUACCCCAGACAUGGAUGGUCUUUCAUUAGGAUACCAGACAAAGAGACUCUAAUUACACACAGUGGCAAGUUACAUACCUUGGAUAAGUUGCUCAGCAAGCUGAAGGCUCAAGGACAUCGCAUUCUCAUAUACUCUCAGAUGACUCGAAUGAUUGACUUGCUGGAGGAGUAUAUGGUUUACCGGAAGCACACAUACAUGCGUCUGGAUGGUUCAUCCAAGAUUUCAGAACGACGAGAUAUGGUUGCUGACUUUCAAAGCAGGACGGAUAUUUUUGUCUUUCUCCUUAGCACAAGAGCAGGAGGUCUAGGCAUUAACCUCACAGCAGCUGAUACAGUGAUAUUUUACGAUAGUGACUGGAAUCCCACUGUGGACCAACAGGCUAUGGACCGGGCUCACCGGCUUGGUCAGACUAAGCAGGUCACUGUAUAUCGCCUUAUUUGCAAAGGCACCAUUGAGGAGCGCAUCUUACAGAGAGCCAAAGAGAAGAGUGAGAUCCAGAGAAUGGUGAUAUCUGGAGGAAACUUCAAGCCAGAUACACUCAAGCCUAAAGAGGUGGUCGGCCUACUUCUGGAUGAUGAGGAACUGGAAAAAAAGUUGCGUCUGAGGCAAGAAGAGAAGCGACAACAGGAAGAGAGCAGUAAAGUAAAGGACCGCAAACGGAAACGGGAAAAAUAUGCUGAGAGGAGGAAAAAGGAAGAUGAGGUGGAUGUCAAAAGGAGAAAGGAAGGAGUGAACCUCGUUAUCCCCUGCGCUCCCUCAGCAGACAAUUCCAAUUUAUCAGCAGACGGAGAUGACUCCUUCAUGAGCUUGGAUAUGGACUCAACAAUGCCCAGCCCUUUUAGUGAGAUCUCGUUGAGCAGUGAGUUGCAGCCAGGCUCCAUUGCCCCAGAUGAGAGCAGUAACGACAUGCUGGUGAUUGUGGAUGAACCAGUGUCCUCUGCACCACAGUCCCGUGCCACAAAUUCGCCUGCCUCAGUCACUGGCACAGAAAACACAAACGGAGUUUCGUCUCAGGAGAUGUCCACUUCAGGCAAGGGGAAAGGUGGCCGGAGUCGUGGACGGCCGAAAGGGUCAGGAGGGAUUGGGAAAUCCUCUGUGAAAGGCCGAGGACGCAAAUCAACAGCUGGCAGUGCAGCAGCAAUGGCAGGGGCUAUGGCAGGAGCAGCAGCGGCUUCAGCAGCUGCAUAUGCUGCAUAUGGGUUCAGUGUGUCCAAAGGUCUUACCUCAUCAGGCCCUCUACCGCCCUCAUUGACCAGGACUUCAGCCAUGCCAUGCACUCCUACAAGUAAUGCCUCCUCUGUUGUAACCAAGACUGGCACAAUUUCUCUUGGCCCACAGCAUGCAUCACACAGUAGCUCUCAUAUCCAUCACAACUCUGCUAAGAAAGGCAAAGGGGCCAGUGGCUCAUCUCAACAAUAGGCAGAGCAUGACGAAAUGCAGUGGACUGCAACUAAAGUUACCUGUUAAUAUGAUUCUUCAGAUGUCUAUAUCUGAAAGUUGACUCAAAUCUGUUCUUGGAAAAACUGUUUAGGGAUUGUCGAAAACCAGAUUCACUCUUCUCAGCAAAGCUUGUCCACUUGGGUGGGUGGACCCAAAAACACCAGCUCAACUCUGAGGGCUAUAUUUAGUAUCACAACACCGCUGCUUAUAUUUCUGUAUUGGUGUAAAAUAUUCAAAAAUGUUCAGAUAUGCAUGCAAUGCAGGACCAAUCAGGAGUCAAAAAGAGAAUCAAUGCGGAGCAAUUUGGCAUAAGAAGUGCACUACACAAAAAAUUUAACAUUAGGUUUUUAUAGAAUAUGUUGAAUAUUUGGUUGAUGUAAAAUUAACACCAGCCCAAGAUGUUUUAGAAAAGGGCUCAGUUGUACAUGAUCAUAAAAACAGUUUUAAGGUGUCCCUAUAGAUCUGUUGUUUCUUUUUCCUCAGCCAUUUAAAUAUUUAUCCUUCUUUCAAUGAUCACUUACAACCUCUGGUGCAUUCUGUUACUCAUAUUUCUUCCUGUUUCAAUUCCGUUUCCAGUUCAUGUUUCAUACUUAAACUUAUUUUAACUGAACUUUUGUCAGGUGUAUUAAAAAUGGAAUGUCCUGUCUGUCUUCCCCAUACAUUUCCUGAAUCAAUACGUCAAUGAUACUCAUUAAAGCCCUGAAAAAGACUUAUUAGGAAAGACUGCUUUUACAGCCCUUCAUUGUGAAGAUAAAAUGUGUUGUGAUACCAGCAUCAACUAUUUAAGUACUAAACAACUGUUUCUGCAAAUACAGAAUUACAAUUAUUUUAUAGGAUUAAAAGAAUUGCAGGAAAAAAUGUUAAUAGCUGCUUGAUCAGUUAUUUAACUGAUUGUAAUAACUUAAACUUGAUGUACAAUGUAUGAUAUGUUUAUUGUUUAAAUUAUGAAUAUAAUUGCAUUGAAACCAUGUUUUUUUUUUAAUGUGUGAUCAUUUUUCUGCGUCACCUUAUCGUGUGUUAUGUAAAAAAUGUUAGAUAACAUGUUCUCUUUCAGUCCUCUUGCUUACCUCCGUUCACUGCCAGUAUUUUUAUGACUGUAAAAACUGCACCCCAGUCCUAUUACUUUAAGAGAUUUAUGCCAGUGCGUUGCAUUUUAAGUAUGGCACUGGGUAGACAAGAUUACACACUAUUACCCCUACAUUUGUAGGGGGGGGGGUUCUCUGUUGUUAUUGCCGAAGUUUUUUUUUUAUUAAAACCUUGGCUCAGACUUGUAAUUUGAUAUUAAACUUGCCCAUCUGAGACAA